AUGCCUCGCCAAUUCUUCGUCGGUGGUAACUUCAAGAUGAACGGUGUUUCUGAGAGCAUCGCCAGCAUCGUGAAGAACCUCAACGCCGCUAAGCUCGACUCCACCACCGAGGUCGUCAUCUCUCCUCCCGCCAUCUACCUCGCUCUGACCCGUGAGCUCGCCAACCCCAACAUCGGCGUUGCUGCCCAGAACGUCUACGACAAGCCCAACGGUGCUUUCACCGGUGAGAUCAGCGUUGAGCAGCUCCGCGAUGCCAAGAUCAACUGGGCUGUCAUCGGCCACAGCGAGCGCCGUGUCAUCCUUAAGGAGAGCGACGAGUUCAUUGCCCGCAAGACCAAGGCUGCUGUUGAAGGCGGUGUUUCCGUCAUCCUCUGCAUUGGUGAGACCCUUGAGGAGCGUGAGGCCAACAAGACCAUCGAUGUCGUCACCCGCCAGCUCAACGCUGUCGCCAAGGAGCUCAGCAAGGAGCAAUGGGAAAAGGUCGUCAUUGCCUACGAGCCAGUCUGGGCUAUCGGUACCGGCAAGGUCGCUACCACUGAGCAGGCUCAGGAGGUCCACGCCGCUAUCCGCAAGUGGCUCAGUGAGACCAUUUCCGCUGAGGCUGCUGACAAUGUUCGCAUCAUCUACGGUGGCUCCGUCAGCGAGAAGAACUGCCGUGAGCUCGCUACCCAGCCCGACGUUGACGGUUUCCUUGUUGGCGGUGCCAGCUUGAAGCCUGCGUUCGUCGACAUCAUCAACGCCCGCAUCUAA